UAGAACAUACACAGCUUUCGUUAACCUAAUUUCUCUAUGCGCUCAUACUUAGGGUUCGACGAUUUCAUCCGAAUUCAUUCACAAAUUCUCUUCAAAUUCACACCGAUCCUUCUUCAUCGCGCGACCUGACUUCUUCUUCAUUUGGAACCGGAGUUUUUCCUCGAAUCCAGGUUGUUUUCUGCGAUAAUUGAACUCGGAAAAAUGCUGCAAAAUGUGCAGCACCAGAUUGCACAAUCACCGGCCAGAUUGGGGCUUUCGUCUCCGAAUUCUCCUUCUUUACAAAACUCUACUAAUCCUCCUAGAUUCUCCUCCCAAAUUCAACAAUCUCAGCAGUCUUCGCAACCGCUAAAUACACCCACAACCACAACCACUACCAUUACCACUUCAUCUACCCUUCUUCCUCUACUCCCUCCACUUCCUAGAGCCCAAUCUCUCCUCAAUCAGAUGGCUGCACUUUCCUCUCGAAUCUUCGAAGUUUCUUCCAAUCGUCCGCAUUGGAUUAGUUCAUUCCGCGGUUCCCUCCCAACUUUCCUUUCUUCCCAAACCCAAUCAUUGAAACCGAAUCCAAACGAACCAUCUCCAUCCACUACCAAACAAGCCAUCUCCGCCUUCUCGUCUCUUCAAACUCAGCUCGUAGAAGCCGUCUCCGAACUUCAAGAAAUUCUAGACCUUCAAGAUGCUAAACAAAAAAUUACCCGCGAAAUCCAAUCAAAGGACACCACCAUUCGCAACUUCGCUAAUAAACUUAGAUUAGCCGAACAAGUCCUCGACAAUUUAGUCGAUGACUACUCCGACUACAUCCGUCCUAAACGGUUGAAACCUAACGAUCAAAACCCUACAGAUGCCACCACGACCACAAUCUCGACUCAACUAAACCUAAACGACAUUCUAUCGUACGCUCAUACAAUAAGCUACACUACAUUUGCCCCACCUGAAUUCGGAGCCGGAACCGCUCCUCUAAGAGGAGCGCUCCCGCCUGCUCCGCAGGACGAGCAACUGCGAGCCUCGCAGUUGUACGCGUUUUCCGACCUCGACAUUGGCUUACCCAAGGCUAUUCGAGAAGAGCCGAUCAUCGAGUCUAAACAACAACAGGAGGCGAGUCAACUAGGUAACCUAGCUUCGGUUACAGGUUUGAUUCCGCCGAAUAUCGUGGUUCCGUCUGGGUGGAAGCCAGGUAUGCCGGUUGAAUUGCCGAGCGAUUUACCAAUCGUUCCACCCGGAUGGAAACCGGGAGAUCCGAUUCCAUUGCCACCAUUGGACGGUGUUCACGCUUCCGGUAUGGGUAGGGUUGAGCAACAACAAGUGAUUACGGGUCGGGCUCAAGUGUUCCCUAAGGCCCAAGAGUCGAUAAAUGUUCGACAUGUGAAGCUUGAUAUUGACGAGGGCGAAAGUAGUGAUUAUAGUAGCGAUAGUGAGAGCUCAGAUGACGAAGAGGAUUAAUAGAUGAAUGGAGAGUUUCUUUUAAAUUGUAUGAUGUUGGUCUUUUAAACAUUCAAGUUUAUUUCUUUAGCUAAGAUCGAAUUGGUAUAAUUUCUAAACCUAAAAAUUGGACCUUGGAUCAAAGCAUGAAUUCAAUGUGGUUUUGUUUUGUAAUUGC